AUCUGGAAUUCGUUCAAAGAAUAUCGGUGGAAAACUGUAAAAUUCUGGGUUUUCUCGGGAAAUUUAGCAGCCAUUGAGAACGAACGCAACUAGUUUUCCAUACGUAUCGUUCCUUUUCACGUUGGAAAGGCAAUUCGGAUGCCGGUCGUCGUGUGAAAUUACGUAAACGAAAGUGCGCGCGGUGUAAAAUGUUGAAACUCUGUUCCCGGUGGAGUUCAGCGCCGAAGCGGUUCUUUUCCUCUGCCCUUUAUCUGACUGGCGAUAAAGCACGGGAACAGUAUGCCGUCCUGGUGCCGUACCUGGACUUCCAGCACAAGCUGGGGGACUGGGAUCGAUUACGACGAAAUGUGCGUCUCCGGCGCUCUUCUAUCGAUUGCGACAGCCUGAAACUGCAGUGGGAACUUUACCGGGACGUGGAACUUCGCAAGAAACAGAUCGAACAGAGCCGCAUCGAGCUGCAAAAACGAAUACAGCAGUCGGUCGAUGAGGCGGAGAAGAAACAUCUUAAAAACCGAGCCAUCCUGGCACGCGAAGACCUGAAAGCGCUCAAAGAGCAAAGUUACGCCGUGGCCGACGCAUUUAUAGCGAACAAUUUUCUCGCCCUCCCUAACGAUCUGCACGAGAGAACACCGGAGGAAGAGGGUAAAAUACUGUACGAGAACGUGGCACCCAGCAGCCGGCAGCCUCGGUCCAAAGAUGUGCUACAGGCUGGGGCGCGCACCAUCCAGGAACAGUUUGAGUAUGACGCGCUGUGUUUCUACAUGACGGACGACGCGGCGUUCAUGGAUCUGCAGUUACCGAUACGGUGCUGUGAGACAUUCCAGCGGGACAACUUCAUAGUCUUCAGCAAUCCGGACUUUGUGCGAUCGUUUCUAGUUGAAGCGGCCAUGGUUGACAAGGAGACGUUGCAUCUCAUCCGGGAAGAUGAGGAACCGGCGGAUAAGGUGAACCUGCUGCAUCUCUGUGGUGGUGGAACGUUACUUAGCUACCUUGGAUAUUUCACCAAACUCUCCGUCUUUCCUUCCGCGCUGCCACUGAAGCUGGUAGCCCGAGGUAAACGGUACCGGCAGCAUCAGGUUCAGUCUAACACGGUGCACAUGUUCGGUGCCUGUAGAAGCUACGAGGAAGCGGAAGCCCUGUUCGACGAGACGCUACUAACGUACCGUCGGUUCUAUGAUCAGCUCCCCGUGGAAUACAGACUGGUGCAAGUAGCGGCGUGCGAUCUUCAACCGGCCGAAUCGAUGCGCAUCGAUGUGGAGCUGUACGAUUGGCAGAAUCGAGGCUACGUAAAAAUUGGCGAUUUAAGCUUCUACGGUGAUUUCCUUAGCAAACGUAUUGCUUUCAUUUAUCAGGACGGUAAAGCGCAGCGUUUCCCACACAUUGUUGCCGGCCAGGCCAUUAGCUCGGUGGAAUUAAUAAAGCUUCUACUCGGGAAUGGUGUCCUUGCGAAGGAUCUACCGUUUCUCAGUUAUCAUAGUUAGAACAC